AUGAAGGCUAUUCAGAUUAAAGAGUUUGGCGCACCUUAUACCGUCUCUGAAGUCGAUAAACCCAAGCCUAAGCCCCAUCAACUUCUAGUUCAGAUAAAGGCGGGCGGCUUUUGUCAUACUGACUGUAUGGCCCUUGACAAUGCGUUCUGCUCUAAACUUCCCUUCAUUGGAUCGCAUGAGCCGGCUGGUGUUGUCGUCGAAGUCGGCUCUGAUGUUCAAGGAUUCGCAGAGGGCGAUCGCGUGGAUGCCUGA